AUUCAUUAUCAUUUCUUAAAUCCAACUGUGGGUUGUGACUUGUGUUAUUUAUUAAUGUUUUAGAAUUUACUUUAAUUACAUUCUUUUUUUUGUAAGUUUUUAGUUAUUGUGUUUGUUUGGACUUAAAUAUGGACAACACAGUCGUGGAGAUGGAAGUAGACGAUGUCCAAGAUAAUGUCUUAGCCACCAAUGUUACGGGUAGUGUCUCUAUAUCAUUACACCCUCUUGUCAUUCUCAAUAUAUCCGAACAUUGGACACGUCUAACGGCCCAAUUAGGUACUUCAGAGUUGGCUCUUGGUGCCCUUAUAGGUAAACAUAAGGACCGUACUCUUGAAAUUAUGAACUCAUUUGAGUUGUCGUAUACUAAACUUGAUGAUUCAUCACUGGUGAUUGACAGAGUUUAUUACGACACUAAAGAAGAGCAGUUCAAACAAGUAUUUUGUGAUUUAGAAUUUCUGGGUUGGUACAUAACGGGUACGAGUAGUGACAAACCAACAUUACGCGAUGUCGAACUACAUAAACAAAUUACUGAUAUAUCAGAGAGUCCAAUUUUCCUUAAGAUGAAUCCUCAUGGCGGUCAUACGGAUCUUCCAGUUAAAGUAUACGAGUCUGUUAUUGACAUAAUAAAUGGAGAAACAAAAAUGCAGUUUGUCGAAUUGACAUAUACAUUAUCAACUGAAGACGCUGAACGUAUUGGAGUCGAUCAUGUAGCAAGAAUGUCAACCAACGAUGCACAAGAAAAUAGUUUGGUCGCUGAAACUCUAACAGUGCAAUUUAAUGCCAUCAAGAUGUUACACAGUAGAGUCAAAAUGUUACUUGAAUAUUUAAAAGAAACUAAGAACAGUGAUAAGCCAAUCAAUAAUGAAAUACUUAGAGAAUAUAUUUCAUUAUGUCAUCGUUUACCAGUAAUGGAAUCGGGUGAAUUUUACAGGGACUUAUAUACACAUUGCAACGAUGUAGCAUUAAUUGCAUACUUGGGAGUAGUAACCAAAUUUUGCAAUGAAAUAAAUAACUUUUGUAACAAAUUUAAUGCACUAUAUGAUCGCCAAUUGGUUGGCAGAAAAGUCAAAGCUCUAUUUAUAUAAGUUAUUUUUUUUUUAUUUUUUAUUUUGAAACUGUAUAAAUUAAUAAGUUAAAUCAUUUGAAAGCUAAUUGAAUAGUUACUUACUUUUUAUGUUACAAAUACAAGUAUAAAUUAGCAAUAGAUAUUGAAAACUACAAAUAUUAGGACUGUCGUACAAAUUUAAAUAAAUUUACAGUUAUAAAUUAUAAUUAUAAUAUUUUUGUUUAUUUUUAACGUAUAUAAAGCUUAGUUCUACAUUUCAACAUCCAUAAUAAGUGUGCAUUUUUUGUUUAUAAAAUAUUUUUAACAAGCUACGUUUAUAAUUAUACAAACUCGUGUACCAAAAAUAUCGAGAUCGCAUAAUAAUAGGAUAAAAGGAUUUUUAUUGUUCUAACAGUAUUAAUAAUACUGUAAUUAUUAGUUAAUACCAUUAAUAGUAAUUAAUUAUAGGUUAAACAGCAUUAAUGUGAAUUAACAUCUUGGCAGAAACUAAAUGAAUAAAUAGUGACAUUAUUAUUUCAAGCUUGAUAUGUGAUAUGAUGAAAUGUAAUAAGAUAUAAAUGUAUUGUAGUAUAGUGUAUUCAUAGUAACUCAGGUUAUUGUCAUAUCUUUGAUUUAAAAAAAAAAUUAAAUUUGCUCAAACUUUUUUAUAUAGUGUAUAUACAGUGGUGUAAGCUGUGUGUACUCAGCUCUCAUUUUUCUGUAUGUGUAUACUAAUAGGAAAGUGAAAGUAUACACAGCAUUUAUCCCACCACUAUAUUUAUGUUCUCAAAAAGCCCUAGUUGUAAUUAUAUAAAGUUAAGUAUACACAGUAUUGAUGGGAGUAAUUAUUCAGCCGAUAAAACACAAUUUGGAACUGAUUUACUCAAAUUCUAGUAUUAGACAUGAUAGCAAUAUAUAUAGUAUGUAUGAAUACUUCUUAUAAUUUAGUA